AUGGCCUCCGUGUGCUCCUCCUGUACGUCUCGCGGAGGUCGCGGUGCGCUGUCUUUAUCGCUUCUUUUGAUGAUGAUGGUGAUGGUGAUGAUGACGAUGCAAAACCGGUCGCCAAUUCUGAAUGUUGUCUUUGAGGACGGAGGAGAGAGCGCCGCAGAUGUGAAGCAGCAGAGCAGCACUCGGAAAAGGAAAAGAACCGUCGAUGAUGUCAACAUUAUACCGAUGCCAGAAUCAAACGAUCCACUCGCAUCGAAGCGAGGGGAAGGCGCGGUGAAACUCAAAAACGACAACAACGAUAUACGGAACACAUCUGAAAAGCACUGGAUGGAGGAGAUUUUUCGAGCGCGAGACCGCGCGGGAUUGGUUGGACCGAAAGCGUGUAAAGACGUGCACUUUGGGACGAUCGAGAGAGGGAAAACGAGAGGGAACCAUCGACAUCGAGGGAAAGCGGAGACAUUCGCGGUGUUUGGGAACGCGAACGGGAUCGUUCGGGUCGAGCGGGAAACGGGCGGGGGGUAUACCGAUUAUAGUUUUUCGAGAGGCGAGCGGGUGCUCGUGUCGAGUCCGCGGGGAUUAGGCCACGCGGUGACAAACUCGGACGAAAAGGACGGCGUCAUGGUGAUAGUGGCGUGUAGCGACGAAGCGCACGACGACGACGGGGAUGGGAUGAACGAUUACCAAAUAUGGGACGAUCUUUGA